CAAGCAAGCAAUCUCAAUCUCUUAUAUACAUGAUGGCGCAUUUCAUAAAGGAACGAAACAACAGAAGCACGCGUAAACGAUGGCGGCAGUUGCAGCAGCUAAAGUGCAGGAGGUGCGUGAAAUUACUCGAAUCGAACGAAUCGGAGCCCAUUCCCACAUUCGCGGACUUGGACUCGAUGAUAGUUUGGAGCCUCGACAUGUCUCCCAAGGAAUGGUGGGUCAGCUGAGCGCUCGUCGAGCAACAGGUGUAAUCUUAGAAAUGAUUAAGGAUGGAAAAAUCGCUGGACGUGCAGUUCUGUUGGCUGGCCAGCCUGGAACAGGAAAAACAGCAAUAGCAAUGGGUCUCGCUCAAGCCCUCGGUCAAGAUACACCCUUCACUUCCAUGGCUGGAUCAGAAAUUUAUUCAUUAGAGAUGAGUAAAACUGAGGCACUCACCCAAGCCAUACGUAAAUCGAUUGGUGUGAGAAUCAAGGAAGAAACUGAGAUAAUUGAGGGUGAAGUUGUGGAGAUUCAAGUGGACAGACCAGCAACUGGUGUUGGCGCCAAAGUUGGUAAACUAACAUUAAAGACAACGGAAAUGGAGACAAUUUAUGAUCUUGGUAACAAAAUGAUUGACAGUUUGAUGAAGGAAAAAGUUCAGGCCGGUGAUGUUAUCACAAUUGAUAAGGCAACCGGUAAAAUAAAUCGAUUGGGAAGAUCAUUCACUCGUGCCAGAGAUUAUGAUGCCACUGGAUCCCAAACACGAUUUGUUCAAUGUCCCGAGGGAGAACUUCAAAAACGUAAAGAAGUUGUUCACACAGUAUCAUUGCAUGAAAUCGAUGUUAUCAACAGCAGAACACAUGGUUUCUUGGCACUAUUUUCUGGAGACACUGGUGAAAUAAAAUCUGAAGUGCGAGAACAAAUCAAUGCUAAGGUUGGUGAAUGGCGAGAAGAAGGAAAAGCCGAAAUUGUGCCGGGUGUUUUGUUUAUUGAUGAGGUUCACAUGCUCGAUAUUGAGUGCUUCUCAUUUUUAAAUCGAGCUCUUGAGAAUGAAAUGUCACCCAUUGUUAUCAUGGCGACGAAUAGAGGCAUUACUAGAAUCAGAGGAACCAAUUAUAAAAGCCCUCAUGGAAUCCCUAUUGAUCUUUUGGACAGGAUGAUUAUUGUUCCCACUACUCCAUAUCAGGAGAAGGAUCUUAAGGAAAUAUUGAAAAUUAGAUGUGAGGAGGAGGAUUGCGAAAUGGCUGAUGAUGCACUUACUGUUCUUACUAGAAUCGCAGCUGAUUCUUCACUGAGAUAUGCGAUUCAACUCAUCACAACUGCUUCAUUGGUUAGCCGUAAAAGGAAAAGUACUGAGGUCAGCAUUGAUGAUGUGAAAAGAGUUUAUUCGCUGUUUCUCGAUGAGCAUCGGUCCACGCAGUAUCUCAAAGAGUAUCAAGACGACUUCAUGUUCAAUGAGCUUCCUGAGCAGCAACCAAUGGAAAUUGUUUAGGAUAUUCCCGCCAAUUGAUCUGUUGUACUCCAUCGGAUGUUCGGCUUGGAGCUAUAGCUUCAUCAAGACGCACGUAAAUAAGUAUAAGUAUUCCAUUGUAAUUUCAGCUAUCACUUCAUUCCUGCUCUUUUACUUCAUAUUUGAUUGGGAGAGAAAUAAAAAAAUAGAUACUUUUAGAAUGAA